AACCGCAAACGUCACAUUCAGCUGUCAGUCGUACGGAAAAUGUCUGCACUUGUGCGAUUUAAUUUGUUAACUAAACCGCAAUUGGUUGCGGCUUUGCCGGCCAGCCUGCAGCUUCAGCGGCUUCAGAGCAACCAGGCCCCGCCACCGGGAACACCACCACCACAGACCAAGACCAAGUUCGGUCCUCUGGCCGAUGAAGAUAGAAUCUUCACCAACCUCUAUGGACGUCACGACUGGCGACUGAAGGGCGCCCUGAAGCGCGGCGACUGGUACAAGACCAAGGAGAUUGUGCUAAAGGGACCGGACUGGAUCAUCAAUGAGAUCAAGACGUCUGGCCUGCGUGGCCGAGGAGGCGCUGGCUUCCCCAGUGGCAUGAAGUGGUCUUUCAUGAACAAGCCCGGCGAUGGCCGCCCCAAGUACUUGGUUGUGAACGCCGAUGAGGGUGAGCCUGGCACCUGCAAGGAUCGCGAGAUCAUGCGCCACGACCCACACAAGCUGGUGGAGGGCUGUCUGAUUGCCGGUCGUGCCAUGGGCGCACAGGCCGCCUACAUUUACAUUCGAGGAGAGUUCUACAACGAGGCGUCCAACAUGCAGCUGGCCAUCGCUGAGGCCUACCAGGCCGGUUUGAUUGGCAAGAAUGCUUGCGGAACGGGAUACGACUUCGAUGUGUUUAUGCAUCGUGGCGCUGGUGCCUACAUUUGUGGUGAAGAGACGGCCCUGAUCGAGUCGCUGGAAGGCAAGCAGGGAAAGCCGCGCUUGAAGCCGCCAUUCCCCGCCGACGUUGGUGUCUUCGGCUGCCCAACCACUGUCACCAAUGUGGAGACUGUAGCUGUGGCCCCAAGUAUCUGCCGUCGCGGUGGUCCCUGGUUCGCUAGCUUUGGUCGCACCCGUAACUCGGGCACUAAGCUCUUCAACAUCUCGGGACAUGUCAACAGGCCCUGCACCGUUGAGGAGGAAAUGUCCAUACCGCUGAAGGAGCUGAUCGAACGCCACUGCGGAGGUGUCACUGGCGGCUGGGACAAUCUGCUGGGCGUCAUUCCCGGUGGCUCCUCCACACCAAUCAUACCGAAGAACGUCUGCGACGAUGUGAUUAUGGAUUUCGAUGGUUUGAUCGCCGCCCAGACCUCGCUUGGCACGGCUGCCAUCAUUGUGAUGGACAAGUCAACGGAUGUAAUCAAGGCCAUUGCCAGGCUAAUCUCGUUCUACAAGCACGAGAGCUGCGGCCAGUGCACGCCCUGCCGCGAGGGAAUCGGCUGGAUGAACAAGAUCAUGACGCGCUUUGUCAAGGGAGACGCGCAACCCGCUGAGAUCGAUAUGCUGUGGGAGAUCUCGAAGCAAAUCGAGGGACACACCAUUUGUGCACUGGGUGACGGUGCCGCCUGGCCAGUGCAGGGUCUAAUCCGUCACUUCCGACCUGAAAUCGAGAAACGUAUGCAACAGUAUGCGGGGCAGGCGAAGCGCGCCAGCAAUUAAUUGAUAAUACAAAUGUAAUAGUUAAUUUUAUUGAUUGCUGCUUCGAUGCAUAUAUAAAGUGUAAAGUUCUCCAAUA